AUCAGAGUGAGUCUCUGUGCUUUGGAUCGCCUUUUUGCUCAGAGACGGUUAAGGGGUUAUCAGGCAAGAUGGUCAAGCUAGGCAAAAACUCCAAGCGGGUUCCCGUCCGCCUACGACACAAGAUUGAAAAGGCCUCCGCGGCCAAGCAACGCAAGCAGAGAAAGCUUGCAAAGAAGAACCCCGAGUGGCGCUCCAAGAUCAAGAAGGACCCCGGUAUCCCCAACCUGUUCCCGCACAAGGACAAGAUCCUCCACGAGAUCGAAGAGAAGAGACGCUUGAGGGCGGAGGAACAACAGCGCAUUCGCGAUGAGGCCCGCGCUCGUCGCCAGGCUCAGAAGGAGGGUGGCGCUGAGGAGGACCCUGCUGAUGCCAAUGUCAUGAUUGAUGAGGACGAUCUGAUCGACGACGAUAUGGACGAGGAUGUCGGUGACUCCUCGAACCCCAUGGCGGCGCUGCUUGCUUCCGCCCGUGCCAGAGCUGCCGAGUACGAGGAGGAGCACUCCGAUGAUGAGGACGAUGAAAUGGAUGAGGACGACUCCGACGACGAGGAUAUGGACGAGAUGGACCAGGACGAAGAAGGCGGUGCCAGUCUGGACGUCUCCGCCCCGAUCACCCAGAGCACUUCGAAGGAGAGCUCGCGACGGGCCUUCGACAAGGUUUUCAAGCAGGUUAUUGACAACGCCGAUGUGGUGUUGUACGUUCUGGAUGCCCGUGAUCCCGAGGGCACUCGGUCCAAGGAGGUGGAGCGCGAGAUCAUGUCCGCCGACGGAGGCAACAAGCGAUUGAUCCUGAUUCUCAACAAGAUCGAUCUGGUUCCUCCUCCGGUUCUCAAGAACUGGCUGAUCCAUCUGCGCCGCUACUUCCCCACGUUGCCUCUCAAGGCCUCCAACGGCUCGGGCAACGCUCACAGCUUCGACCACAAGCAGCUGACCGUCAAGGGCACCUCCGAGACGCUCUUCCGCGCGCUCAAGUCGUAUGCGCACAACAAGCAGAUGAAGCGGUCCAUCUCCGUCGGUGUGAUCGGUUACCCCAACGUCGGCAAGUCGUCCGUCAUCAACGCCCUGACGGCCCGUCUAAACAAGGGUUCCAGCAACGCUUGCCCCACGGGCGCCGAGGCCGGUGUGACCACCAGCCUGCGGUCCGUGAAGCUGGACAGCAAGCUCAAGCUGAUCGACUCCCCCGGUAUUGUCUUCCCCAACUCGAGCGACAAGGCCAGCAAGAAGAAGAAGAAGCAGGAGGAGCACGCGCGUCUGAUCCUCCUGAACGCUGUUCCCCCCAAGCAGAUCGAGGACCCCGUUCCCGCCGUGUCGCUGCUGCUCAAGCGUUUGUCGACAUCGGACGACCUCAUCUCCAAGCUGCUGCAACUCUACAACAUCCCCCCGCUCAUCCCGACCGGUGGCGACCAGACGCACGACUUCCUGGUCCAUGUGGCCCGCAAGCGUGGUCGUCUCGGCAAGGGUGGUGUGCCCAACAUCGAGGCCGCCGCCAUGACGGUGAUUAACGACUGGCGUGAUGGACGUAUCCAGGGCUGGGUUAACGCUCCUGUGCUGCCGGUAGUGACUACGGCAGAGGGCGCGGCGGCGCCGGCCGAGGGCGUGGAUACGAAGCAGAUUGUGACGGAGUGGGCGGCAGAGUUCAAGAUUGAGGGAUUGUGGGGCAAUGGGGAGGAUGAUGAGAUGGCCGAAUAGAUGUUUUUCUCAUGGAUACCAGGCGUUAUGGUUCUUAAAAGGUAGAUAGUGUCAAUUGCGAUGAACAUAUACCGGACCAAGUUAGUAUGUCAACGAUAAGCAGUAAUGCAGAAGUAACU